AUGACAGAGACUUCCAACGUCAUUGCCCAGUUCUACAACGAGGAGGGCGAAGCCUCCGGCCCCGCCCUGAGUUUGCCUGUCGACGUUAACCCUGAGCAGCUCGCCCUCCUCCUCAACAGUCUCUUGGGCAACUCUACUAACCAAGUUGCACGCACCCUCUUCACGCUCUACACUUGGUCACUAUACUGGACAUAUGUUGAACAGGAGGAAGACCCUCUGCCGUACACCUUCGAGGUCGCAGAGACAGAGAUCGCCAGCACACUGGACAAGGACAUCAUCCAACCAGGAAAGCACUCCACAGAAGAGACUUUCAAGAUCCUCUACAGACCCCAGGCGGUCUUCAGGGUCCGUGCUGUCACCCGUUGCUCAUCCUCCCUCACCGGACACACUGAUGCCAUUCUCUGUGUCUCCUUCUCGCCCUGUGGAACCAUGCUUGCCAGUGGUGGUGGUGAUACCAACGUCCGUAUCUGGGAUUUGAACACCGAGACCCCACAGCACAUGUUGAAGGGCCAUAAGCAUUGGGUGCAGCAUGUUGCCUGGUCGCCUAACGGCCGGUUCUUAGCCUCGGCCGGUAUGGAUGGACAGGUCAUUGUUUGGGAGCCAAAGACAGGAAAGCAGCAUGCCGUCUUGAAGGGCCAUACCAAGUGGGUCAGUGCCCUCGCCUGGGAGCCCCUGCACUUGAACGCUUCUUGCCGGAGACUUGCGUCGUCGUCUUCGGAUGGUACGGUCCGUGUUUGGGAUGUGGUUAAGAAGCAGUUGGAGUUCUCGAUGGCUCAGCAUACCGCCCCUGUGAUGUGUGUCAAGUGGGCAGGAGACGGACUCAUCUACUCGGCCUCUCGGGACAAGACCAUCAAGGUCUGGGCCUCGACUGGAAACUACCCCGGAAAGCUCGUCAAGGUUCUCUCAGGACACGCCCAUUGGGUUACUACACUUGCCCUGAGCACUGACGCCGUUCUCAGGACAGGCGCCAACGAUCAUACUGGAAAGAUGUACAAGGACGAGAAUGAAGCACAGAAGCGGGCUUUGCAGCGGUAUGAGCAGGUUAUCGCGGUCAACCCUGAGAGGCUAUGCUCCGGAUCGGACGAUUUCACAAUGUACCUCUGGCCCAACAAGAAGGAAGAGGUUGAUGGCAAGAAGGUUGCACCCAAGCGGAUGGUGGGUCACCAAAAGACGGUCAACCAUGUCAGCUUCUCGCCCGACGGUCGCUACAUUGCUUCGGCCAGUUUCGACAAGUCUGUCAAGAUCUGGGACAGCCGCGACGGCAAGUUUAUUGCCUCCCUCAGAGGACAUGUUUCAGAGGUGUACCAGGUUGUGUGGUCGAGCGACAGCAGAAUGUUGCUCUCGUGUAGUAAGGAUAGCACGAUCAAGUUGUGGGAUAUCAAAACCAAGAAGAUGAAGAUGGAGUUGCCCGGACAUUUGGAUGAGGUUUUCACCGUUGAUUGGAGUCCCUCGGGCGACAAGGCCGCCAGUGGAUCCAAAGACAAGACGUUAAAGAUGUAA